AUGGCUGCUGCUACGAGCCUCAACUCUACCGCCAUGUCGGUUCGAUCCAAGAAACAAGUAUCGACCUUGCCUGCAGACGGCUUGCAGGCGCAAAGAAUGUUCAAAAAGCACAAAAUACUGCCGCACCCUAGGCGACAUGCAAGCGACUCUGCGCAUUCCUAUGAAGUGCGAUCGACGCCUAGGAAAUAUGACCUCGACGUGGACGCGGUAGCGUCACAAAUGCGAGGACCGCAACAGCAAAGCCCCCAGACACUGAGACACCAGCCUAAGCGGAUAGGCAGUGGCCCGGAUUUGCCUCCAACACCGCCUUCCCACUCGCGAACCUCAUCGAGCACUCACUCCAUCCAGCAUCCAAGCCCAGCGCCCGCCGAACCUCAUGCGCCGGAAUCGCAGACACCAACAACCCCAGCGCGCGCCCCAGCCACUCCUCCAAACCAAAAAAGUCCACCAACGCCAGAUGUGACGCCUCCCCAACCUGCUACUCGCCCCAAGGUUGUUCGACCGAUACCUAUCGACCGCACAGUAUCGAAAGCUACUACCGUUGAGUCACGAACUGAGUCUUUCCGGACUGCCAGAGAGGAGCCCUUUUCCUCGGAAGAGGACUUGCAAUCGACUGUUCGGCCAAAUAUUCUCUCAGCAAGAACUUCUCAGAACACGGUUCGUCGCGUUUCCGAGCCUCAGGCGAGGACGCCGCCUCCAGUAGGUUUAGGCCUGGGGCUGGAGUCACCUACUGAGGACCUCCCGACCCCCAAGGCCAAGGCAGACUUUGGUACCUUUGACGGAGAAUGGGCCUCGAAUAACGAAGUUGAACAAGAGUGGGACGACAACCUGGGCAGAAAUGUCACGGUAAGAAAGAGGCGUACUAAGCCCGAAACCCCGCCUCGGACUGGAAGACGGAGGGUCGAAAUCAUCGAAGACCGUGUUGUCACACCGACAAACGCUGCCAAGGCGCGAAAUCGCUUGGCCCAACACCUCCACCCCAGGAAAGACAGCUGA